AUGAAGAUGGAAGUCGCCGAGCUCCUCAAGAAAGGCUACCUACGGGAGUUCCUCUCGGAUAAAGCCAAGAACCUUUUAAAUAAAGAAGGUCCCGGUCUCCCUAUUGAGGCAGCUCCUGCAUUGCCACCACAGAAAGACCAGGUGAUCCAUGUCAUCACAGGCGGAUCAGAGGUAAGCGGAAUUAGCAGUGCCGCAGCCAAGAGAAGUACUCGCAAUGCCAGGAACGGCCAAGGGGCCGAGGGUCCCAAGCGCCUACUCCUUGGAACAGAUGAGAUCAGUUUCACUGCAAGGGAGCAGGAGAAGAUCCUCAUCCCUCAUCAUGACGCUCUCGUCAUUUCACUUACCAUAACAAACUGUUUGGUCAAGCGAAUACUAGUAGAUAAUGGUAGCUCCAGCAACAUAAUCUUCCAUUCGGCCUUCGCCGACUUGGGUUUGGAACCUACAGCUCUAACCAGAAAGGUAACUCCCCUCGUAGGUUUCAGUGGAGAAGUCAAACAAACCUUAGGAGAGGUCCUUCUUCCCGUGUAUGAUGAAGGGGUAAACCAAGCCACAAAGUUCCUGGUCGUCGAUUGCCCCUCAUCAUACAACGUGAUAUUGGGAAGGCCUUGGAUCCACGACAUGGGAGCCGUACCUUCAACUUUGCACCAGCUGGUCAAGUUCCCAACCCCUUGGGGCAUCAAAGCGGUCAAGGGAGAUCAAGAGAAUGCUAGGUCUUGCUAUCAGACUACCCUUAAGGGGAAGACUCAGGUCUUAUAG